GGUCAUUGUGCCACAGAAAGUAGAAGUUGUGAAAGGAUCCUGUGUGACCAUCCCCUGCUCCUUUGAUGUACCUGAUGAAUAUGUACAAUAUCUAAAUAGCGAGUGUAGAGCAAUAUGGAUCAAGAAAGAUAGCCGUCCAUGGAUUACUCUGACUCAAGCAAUGACAGGAGACUUAACAAAGAAAGACUGCACCUCAACCUUCAAUAAUAUGAUUGCUGAAAACAGCCAUCAGUAUUACUUCAGACUGGAGUGUCCAAAUUAUCUGAGAUAUAAUUUUGCAGAUCGUCAUGUGAAUUUGGUCAUCACAGAUGAUCCUCCUGCACCAAACCUGACUCUGUCUCCUCUGGAGGUGAAGGAGGGAUCCUCAGUGAGUCUGACAUGCUCUGCUCCAGCUCCCUGUCAGACUCUUCCUCCAACUCUGACAUGGACCCCCAGUCUGGGUGACGUUCAAGAGCAACUGCAGGAGAAUGUGGACAAAACUAAAGUCAAGAGGUCUGUCCUGACCUUCACUGCUUCUCACCUCCAUCAUGGACAGAUUAUCUCCUGCACUGUGGUCUACAAGAAACAAGAUGGCAGCAGAGAUGCAUCUGAGAGAAGGAGUUUAACAGCUGCUGUUUCCUAUUCACCCAAAGACACCACAGUGUCAGUCAGUCCCUCUGGUCCAGUCCAACAGAGCAGUAAUGUGACUCUGACAUGCACAAGUAAUGCAAACCCAGCAGUAAGGAGCUUCACCUGGUACAGAGAUGAUGGAAACCAGGAGACUGUCAUUGGAACCAAAGCCGUUUUAAACAUUCAAGCAUCUGAAGUCAGUCGGCCGUUUUUCUGUGAGGCUGCAAAUGAUGUUGGAGUUGGACGUUCUGACCUGAGUCAGACAGAUGUUCAGUUUCCUCCACAGAUCCUGCCAUCAUCUGAUUGCAUCAAAACUGCAGGCCAGAUCAACUGUUCCUGUGAGACUGUGGGAAAUCCUUUUCCCACUUUACACUGGUCUUUGGAUGGUCAGCCUGUCAGUCAGUCUGACAAGUUUGUGAUCAGCAGUGAGCGUCUACAUAAUGACAAAGGUCUGAGGAGCUUCAUCACUGUGAAUCAACCACAAGAGAUGAAUCGUUCCAUCUUGAUCUGCCACAGCUUCAACUCUCUUGGAUUUGCCAGUCAACAAUUCUGCCUUGAGCAUCAAGCAUGUGCUGAAAGUCAUGAUCCAGUGCUAUUUCUGAUGUUCUUUACCAAAAUUGCCAUCUUGCUUGCACUAUUUUGUGCUCUGCUGUGUGUUAUCAAGGCUCUGAAGAAUCGCCAAAACUCCAACAGUCAUCUCACAGGUGAAAUCAGCCGAGUUGCCAUGAGCCAACAUCUGAUAAAAGAGGCAAAUGAGGUACCCAACACACCAGAAGAGGACAUUUAUGUUAACACUGAACGCCAACCACAUGCUGCCAACCCUCCAACUGUGUCUGAGCCAAAUGAAGAAGAAUGAGGUUGACUGGAAGAGCAAGAAGCAGGAAGCAUCUAUCUGGUGGUUCCUAUCUGGAGGAGGAGAAGUGGAUGGUGGGGGGCAUUUGCAGGAAUUUUAUGAGUAAUGCACUGGAGAUGGGAAACCUGUAUGAUGAAGUGGAGUCUAGAAAUGUGAGAAAGGAAUCAGAGUGUGAAUAUGCAUAAGUUUUAAGGCAAAAGUGCAAGGAAAAAAAAUUCAUUUCACAUUUUCCACUGUUGGAAAGAACUGCUCAGCUACAUGCAUGUUUUCUUUUUGCAAAUAUCAAACUAAAAUUUUUUAGAAGGCUGGCCUGACAGGUACCAUUGUAUAGAAGAAAUUGUAGAAAUAUUCAAUCAAAAAUGUUGACAAUCCAUUCGGUAUCAUGGUAUAUGUUCAUAAAGGUUUUUACUCCAAAUGCUGGAUCCAACAUUUAUUGGAUCCAACUAUUGGCUAUUACCCUCCUUGAUUACUCAUAAUUUGUAUCAGUCCUGAAAGAAAUUAUUAUAUACUAUACUAUUUUGGAAAGAUUUUGUCUAAUUAAAUUGUUGAGACAGAAUCUUGUCACAUUUUAAAUACACAAUGAUUUUAAUAUUGAUGAACAGUUUCCACAAAUUCCACUGUCAAUGCAAAAUAAUACGGAAUGCUAUGUAUUUGCUUCUUUUUUAACUUAAAUGCUGAUAUUAGUCAUGUGUAAAUUGAGAAAACCCAUGCUGUUUUAUAUUUCUAUGCUUGUGUGGUAUAUAUUGUGUAAUGCAUUUCAAUAAUCUUGUAAUCUAGUAAUCUUGAGUUUUUUUCCUUUUGUCUUGAGUUGCAGUUUAUUUUAUCAAGAACUAUUUCAAAGCAGACAUUUUUGCAUUCAAUUUCUAGUGUAACUGAUAAUAUGGAAGGGAAAAUGUACACGCCUGCCAUGUACAUUAAUGGGGUUCUUGCAAUUAUGAGAUCUGGCUGUCUGAAAUAUGAGAAAGGUUGACAUGGUUAUCAGUUGUAUUAUGUGAGAAAUGGUCUUAAUUAUGGUGAUGAUGUAUUUUUCUGUCCUAGAUAGCUACCUAUGUAAUAAAUAGAAGCUUAAACAUCAA